UUGAUUACUUAAUUUCGUUGUGCCCAGCUCUUCAAGAUGUCGGUUGAAGUGAAAGAUGCAAAACCUACAAGAUUUCAAAAGCUGAAAAAGAAGGUCAAGAUUUCAAAACUGACUAAAAGUGACAGCAAGAAAUCACAAAAGGAAGCAGAUAAGAUAAACAGGAAUUGCCACAACCCUUUUGAAGAUGCAUUGGAUGGAUUGCAUAUUGAUGGACUCCCCAGUUUGGAUGAAUCUAUCAAAGAAGCUAAGCUAUCUUUAGACUUAUUUUUACAGAACAAAUUUGCUGCUGCACUUGAUAGUUUAGUACCAUGGUCACAUAUCAGUUCUUAUCAUGCAUUAGGAAAAGGUACAAUGCUUUUCAUGCAGGCUUUGCUGACCAUGGAAAGUAAGGAAAUAGAAAAAGCCGCUGAAGCUUUAAAACAAGCUGUGGAUGUUUGCCAAAGGAAACGUAAGAAACACACAGUAUCAAGGGUUAUUAGAAGACCAGAUUACAACUUGUAUACUGAAGAGGAAGUUCAUGCUGAAUUAUGCUAUGCUGAAUGCUUGUUGUUGACUGCAGUUCUAACUUUUGUUGAAGAUCAAAGCUUGGUAAAUUUCGUUAGAGGUAGUCUCAGGAUCAGAACAUGCUACCAUUCAUACAAGGAAUGUAUGCACAUAUUGGAAACCAGACGUUGGAGUAAUGAGCUCCGUAAAAAACACUUUGAGAGUGGUGUGCGUAUGGGUGUUGGCACUUUUAAUUUGAUGCUGUCCCAACUUCCUUCAAGAGUUUUGAAACUCUUAGAAUUCAUAGGAUUUUCUGGCAAUCGACAAUUGGGUCUAAAGGAGCUUGAUGAUGGUUAUGCUAUGAAAGAAAGCUUACGUUCACCCCUUUGUGCCCUCAUCUUGGUAACAUUCCACACUCUUGUCACAUAUAUUUUUGGUUGUGGAGAUGGAGAUAUUGAUGCUUCGGAAGCAAUUGUUAAUGAUAUGCUUGUGAGAUAUCCAGAAGCAGCUUUAUUCAUAUUUCUUUCUGGCCGUAUAAAGCAAUUGAGAGGACAAAUUGAUGAUGCUAUCAGUACAUAUCAACUUUCCAUCAAUGUUCAACAAGAGUGGAAGCAGUUCCACUAUCUUUGUUACUGGGAAUUGCUGUGGUGUCACUGCUUUAAGUGUGAUUGGAAGGAAGCUUCUGAAUGCUCUGAUAUACUUCGAAAUGAGUGUAAGUGGUCACCAGCCAUCUACACUUAUGUCCAUGCAUCCAUUUUAUAUAUGAUGAUGGAGGAAGGACAUCCAGAAUUGAGAGACACCAUCACAGAUCUUAUGGCGAAAGUACCGAGUUUAAAACAACGAUUGGCUGGAAAAUCUAUUCCACUUGAAAAAUAUGUUGUAAGGAAAUCAAAUAAAUUUGCAUCUCAAGGAGGUCGUCUUAUUGUUCCAGCUUUGGAACUUCUUUAUAUAUGGAAUAGCUUUCCAAUGAUUGCAAAAUCUCGAGAGCUUACAGAAAAUAUUCUUUGUCGAGUUAAUAAUGUAUUUUCUACCUUGGAAGAUGCCAAAGAUAUUGAGAACAGACCUCUUGAUGAUUACUGCCUCAUUUUGCUGCUGAGAGGUGUGUGUUACACAAGUUUAAACAGACAUAUGCAGGCAGAAGAUUGCUUUAGGGAAAUAAUUUCCUGCGAGAAGAGAAUCAAAGAAGACAUCUAUUUGGUACCUUUUGCUAUGAGUGAGUUAGCUCAGAUAAAAAUCAAACAUUCUAAACCAGUGGAAGCUAAAGAAUUGUUGGAGCCUGCAAGGCACAAUUAUCACAGAUAUCCAUUGGAGACCAUUUUGCAUUUCCGUGUCCAUUCUAUUCUACAUCAAUUGCGUGCCAAAGGUCAUGUGAUUCCCACCCCUUCUCCAAAACUCACCCCCUUUCACUCUCCUGAUCCGUCACCCAGCCGAGGAGAGGAUAUCCCAGAAUUCCCUUACCUGAAAGAGAGUCCUACCACAGUCCCCAAGCGUACUCUUCUGCAUCCACCUUCAGACUUAGGAUCUUGUGUGUCCCUGCCUUGAGCAAAAGACCUCUUCAUGCACUUGGAUGGAAGAUAACUUAUUUUUGUCUAUUGAUAGAUCUUACAAAAGUAUUUUAUAUUUUAAAGAACAGAGCAUCAAGUUAGAUUAAUUAUUGAGUACCGGUUUUAUGUUUUGUUCUGAAUCAUAUGUAAACUUGAAAAAAAAAAGCAUUUAUUUUAUUAUUUCUAUGCAGCUCAUAGAUUUGAAGUUGUUGGACUUAAUCAUAUGUGCAGAUUCUGUUAAACCAGACAUGAUUUUAAAAAUAAUGUUCUAAAAAAGUUUUAUAAUUUUAAUUUAAAUUAUCUCAUUUUAUCAUGUGAUUAUAAAGUAUUGGCUUUUUUUGUUAUUUAUAUUAAGUUUUUUCUUUGCUUUUUGAAUCAGAGAUGAUCCAAAGGAAGAGU